AUGUUUAAGAUACCCUUGAGCCUCGAUAUAAAUGAAACCCCAGUUUGUGCCGUAUCGCGAAAUAGUGAAAAGGCGAAAAUUCUUGCAGAGCGCAGCCUAAUCGUUUGGGAUGAGUGUACGAUGGCGCACAAGAAGGCCGUGGAAGCAGUCAAUCGCACUCUCCAAGACAUCCGACGAAACGAUCACAUCAUGGGAAGAAUAACUGUUUUAUUUUGUGGGGAUUUCCGUCAGACUCUACCCGUUAUAACCCGCGGAACUAGAGCUGAUGAGGUGAACGCAUGCCUCAAAUGCUCCGUACUCUGGCCACGGGUGCAGAAAUUGAGUCUGACGCGCAACAUGAGAGCACACUUAGGCGACAACCCCCAUGCCCAAGAAUUUUCGGACGCUUUGCUAAAAAUCGGCGAAGGUUCAUUUCCCUAA